AUGCGUUCGUCUGUACGACGGAAGGGCGAAUUAGCGAGAAGUGCAAAGGCACAUCGCUGUGAUAAUCAGGAUAAUGACAAAGAUGACAAGGAUGAUGAUGAUGAUAAUGAUGAUGAUGAUUCGGAUGAUGAUCGUGUUGAUGAUGUUGAUGAUGAUGAUGAUGAUGAUAACGAUGAUGAUGAUGAUGAUGAUGAUAACGAUGAUGAAGAUAAUGCCUGUGAACAAAACGAUAAAUUAGGUUCGAGCUCGGAGAUAUGA